ACAAAGCAUUUCAUGAGGCGCCUGUCGUAGCAUGAAGGCGCCACGUUUUAGGCAUUCAUCCUGGAAGCGAAAACGCUUUGACAAAGUCCUACUUUUGUUUUUGCCUUUUUUCGAGUCAAACUUUACUUUUACUUUUCUUCUGGUGAACUGAGACAGGAUAACAGAAUACCAUAUGUUCAGGUUGCGCUCUGUUCAGUGUAUGAAGCAACGCACACAUUUCCGUCAGAAGUUCCCGCUCUGCGACUGGAGUUAAAAGAUAAUGUACGCUUGGCUACUUGCCUUCGUGAUUGCCCUGGCUGCCCUGAUUAACGGCAGGCACCCUGAUAUUGAAGACCUCAGAAAUGUGCUUCAAGGUACGAAGCUCUUCGUUAAGUACAGAAAUUACUUUAAAACUUACCUGUCGCGUGCCUACUUGUGCGAGAAUUACCAACCUACUAAGCGGAAACAUGACAACUAUGACCUGAUUCAUCAGUACAACAUGUCCGGUAAAUGGUACACGGAACACUUCACAGCCUCAUUGUCUCCAGAAAAAAGUGGAUACAGCGGACCCAUAAUGACAGUGUAUGAAAGAUGGCCGGCUGUGUGCAACAUGCUCAUAUGGUCAGAUAAUAUCGAUAAAGUAGUUCCAGAGUGUGACAGCUUCUAUGCUACAUAUUGUGGACACCGAAAGUACGCAAUCUACAACAGAACUUGUCUACCAGCCCUUCAAAGCCUGUGGAGACAAGGUUUCUUAGCCAUGGCCAUGGCCCUCAAGCAAGAUGCCGAGGCCACAGGCAGUUCCUCCAGUGACCCUGAAAUGGUCCCCUGGGGCACAAGUCUAAUUUGGCACCCCUACCUUUCUCCUGCAGCUUUUCUGUCUACGUAG